GUACUAAAAACUCCUUCCAACGAUCUAAUUCCAUGGAUGGUGGAUCGCCUACAGGAUCAUUUACCAUACUACCACUACUCUCUGUCCCAAAAUAUGUAAUCUAGGAUUGGAUAAACGAAUUUGAACGAAUUCAUACAUAUUCGUUGCAGUAGAAUGUCCAUUCAGUUCUUAGGGACGGAGGGAAUACUAGCAUUUAUACUGCCAUAUUUUGUCAUAUUGACAGCAUUUAUAACCAUUAAUCAUCCUCUGAUCUUCCCAAAUCUCCAUCAGCCUGCCGCUGGCGGUGACCAUAAAAGCCCCGACCAGUCGACCCCCUUUCGCGGCCGCCGGAGCAGCGGCCGGCCACCGCCGGUGUUAACAGCGGCAGCCUUUUCAUGCGGCCACAACGGUCAAAAGCGCAGAGCAUCCGAGGCUGGCCCACCACCACGCGCCCGACGUGACGAAACUGCCCCCCAUCUCUCUCUCUCUCUUUCCCCUCCCACGCAACGACAAAUCCGGCUCGAACCACUGACCAUCCCGUCCACACUGCACCGCGCUAGCUCACUCCCUCACUUGCGUCCCCCCUUCCCGUGGCUGAUCUCGCCGUCGUGCGGCCGCGGGCUCCGGCGACCGGUCAUGGCGUACUCCGGCGGUGGCGGGAAGCUGUCCGCCGUCGAUGCGAUCCUCGCCGAGGCGGCCGACCUCGUCGCGCUGGAGCAGAUCGCCAAGCUCAACACAGCCCACCUCGCCGCCGACGGCGACUCCGCGCUCCCUUCCAGCCUCGAGUCCCGCUUCCGCAAGCUCAAGUCCCUCCCCGCCGCGCCGUUGCCUCCGCCGCCGCCCGCCAAGUCCCUGGGCCGCAGCGCCACCGCGCCGCCCCACCACACCGACCCGCCGCCAUCGGAGACGCCGGACCCUGCUCCGCCUGCGCCCCCUGCACCGGCGGCACAAGAACGCCGACCAGAAGACGCCGCCAAGGAAGCCCAGGAGAAGGAGAACUCCUCGCCGCCGCCGUCGCAGGCUCAUCCUCCACCGGCCGUGACCGUUCCGACGGCGGCGGCGGCGGACGACAACGAGGAGGACCUGGAGAAGCUGUUCAGGCCAGGGCGCGGCCGGCCGACGCUGAGGGAGAGGAACAGGGGGAGGGACGACGGCUCACCGUCGCCGCCGCGCCAGGCGUGCUGCUUCGGCUUCUCCCCCAAGAAGACGCUGCAGAGGACUCCGACCGGGAGCGGCAGGAAGAGCCGCCGCGCCGGCGUCGCCGCCGCCGCCGACGACGACGUCCUUGGCAUCGGCGACGCCGGCGAGUGGGGCGACGAGAACAGGAGGAUCGUCACCGAGCUCAAGCAGCAGCAGCGCAAGCUCAAGAAGGCGCUCGAGGAGCAGGUCAAGGUCAGCAGGGAGACGGCCAAGAUGGCGCAGUGGGUGAAGCAGGCGUCCGCGCGGAUGACGCACACCGCUGCCAUUGACGACUUGCUCAGCGACUGCGACGAUGAAGACGAGCUCAAGUGAACAAAAGAUUUCAUCACUGCUGCUUCUGCUUUAUCUAUGUUCCAAAAUGUUUUAGGUUACAACAUAGAAGAGUCAUAUGAAUCAAACUUCAGGGAAAAGGAUAUAAAUCCUGCUGUUUUCUAGUAUUUUGCAUGAGAUAGACGAAGAAAGAUAUAUGAAUGGGAUAUGUAAUGUGGUCAGGAGAUGUAGAAAUGAAGUACAGACUUCUUGCCAAAAUUUCGUCUUUUGCCCCUCCCAUAUGUCUCCUAAACCAUUUACUGAUUUACACAGCCUUUCCUGAUGCCAUUAUGAAUUCA